AUGGCAGCUGCGGGCAUGGCAGGGGCAGGGGUUGUUGGAGUUGGAGGAGGUGACGUUUGGAGGGCACAUACGGCCAUGGCUGUGGUUCAGCUCUUCAACGGAGGGUAUCAUGUAAUUACCAAAGUGGCCCUCAAUGUUGGCAUCAACCAGCUUGUAUUCUGCGUAUUCCGGGACCUCCUUGCUCUUGCCAUCCUUGCUCCCAUCGCCUAUGUCCGUGAAAAACGGAUUCGACAACCAAUGAAUAGACGCCUGUUCAUGUCCUUCUUCUUUCUUGGACUAAGUGGGAUCUUUGGCAACCAGCUUUUGUUUCUUAUUGGUCUUGGCUACACAAAUCCAACUUAUGCUGCUGCGAUACAGCCUGCUAUCCCAGUGUUUACGUUUAUCCUGGCUGUUCUAAUGGGUACAGAAAGAGUGAAUUUGCUUAGAACUGAAGGGCAGGCAAAGGUUGGUGGUACACUUGUAUGUGUUUUUGGAGCCAUAUUAAUGGUCUUAUUCCGGGGACCUGUUUUGAUUGGAUAUAUAGAGCCAGACUUUGCAGCACAGAGCGAAAUAAGUGCCAGAGGUCAACCGGAGCCAGCUGGAUGGUUAAUGUCUAGUUUUCUAGAGUUUGGGCUAGAUCAUUUUCAUCUUGGAGUUUUAUGCUUAUUAGGGAACUGUAUGUGCAUGGCCGCUUUUUUAGCCAUUCAGGCUCCACUUUUGAAAAGAUAUCCUGCCAACUUGUCAGUCACAGCAUAUUCAUACUUCUUCGGUGCUCUUUUGAUGGUGGUGACCGCAUUAUUUAUGACAAAUGAGUCAACAGACUGGAGCUUGACACAGUCUGAGCUUUUUGCUGUUAUUUACGCUGGAACUGUUGCAUCUGCCCUUAAUUAUGGACUGCUGACAUGGAGCAAUAAGAUUUUGGGGCCUGCUUUGGUUGCUCUUUACAAUCCACUUCAACCUGCAGCUUCGGCUUUUUUGUCAAGAAUUUUCCUUGGAAGCCCUAUUUAUUUGGGAAGUGUUUUAGGGGGAUUACUAAUUAUUGCUGGUCUUUAUGCGGUGACUUGGGCGUCUUUGAGAGAAAGACAAGCAGCUCUGGAUGUUAUUCCUCACGUGGCUCGAGCCUCCGAACCUCUCAUCCACCAAGAUGCAACAAUUAACAAGAUACACCAGAGAGGACUUAUUUUCUCAGGGCCUUCCAACUCGUUGCCAAAAUCGUCAGAUUGA